AUGGAAAGACUCCUCCGACGAUUUCGACGCGGUGGUGGAGACCCGAAUGUCACUCGAAUACGCAGAAGACAGACUCUGGUUCGCCAUUUGUCGGCUCUAAUCUCUCUUAUCAACCUGGCACUCUUCGUAGCAGGCUAUGUAUGGAUGCUAGUCAUACCACUUCCCAAUCUAGGGAGGUUCACGUACAUUGACGAGAAUGCCUUGCAACCAGGACAGGUUACGACGUACUUCGACUGGGGAAAUGUUCAUACGGCAGACCUGUACCUCACUGAAUUAGAGUCGCUGAGGGACUCGAAUGCAACUAGUGCGGAGAGGGCCUCCUACAUCACAACUCAAUUCAAGCGUCUCGGACUACCAGCCGCUUCUCAGGCUUACAAAUUCGAUGCUAACGCAGGGUCGCUCAAGGGUGUCAACGCUUAUGCCGCAUUUCCCUCACCUCGGUCGUCUGGAACGGAAGCUAUCGUGAUCAGCGCAUCGUGGCUUAGCCGCAGUGGCAACGAUACACUGAACUUACGAGGAAUAGCGACUAUUCUAGCCCUGGCCGAUUAUCUAAAGAAGUAUUCGUUAUGGGCGAAGGACCUUGUUUUUGUCGUCAGUGAUGGAUAUCUAGAUGGUAUGCAAGCGUGGCUUAAUGCCUAUCAUUCCACUCCUCAGUCCAAUCUGAAGGCUGAAGAGCUUACACUUACGUCUGGCGUCAUAUGGACGGCUUUGCAUAUCGAUUAUCCAGGUCACUCAUUCUCCCAUCUUGGCAUAUUUCAUGAGGGUGUUAACGGACGGCUAACGAAUCAGGACUUGGUAAAUUCCUUCGAACGGAUCGCCCGAUCUAGUGGCGUACCUACGGUUCUGUAUGAUCACAUUGACUGGCGCGACAACGCGGCUAGUCGAGCAGAGCUCGAGAUCAUACCACCCUGGGUUCCGUCCUUCCUGCGGGACAACCACGACGUCCAGACGUACGCCUUCCAGGCCAAAAAUGUCCUGAGACACGUAGGUUACCAGGCGCGUGGGCAGCCGAGUGGAGUUCAUGGGCUCUUCCAUCAGUUUCGCAUUGACUCGUUUACUAUUUUUGCUGUACCUGCUACUGGACCCCACGGAUUCCACGCCAUCGGCCGAAUUGUCGAGUCGACAUUACGGACGGCCAAUAAUCUCCUCGAACGCCUCCAUGCAUCAUUCUUUUUCUACAUUCUUACUGGCCCAUACAGAUUCCUCAAAAUAGGAUUAUUCCUUCCUAGUGCAAUAUUAAUCAGCGUCGCCAUGAUGUUUAGUGGAUUGAAGAUAUGGACAGACGCAGGCUGGGUUCGCGACGAUUCACCAACAGAUAACAAAACAAAUUCACCUCAGGAACAAUGGACGACCAGGAAGCGACCCGUCCUUUCUGUCCUGCGCGUUAUGAUUUCAACCCAUAUCAUCGGUGCCCUCGUAUUUUGGCUCAUUACAAGGUCUGUCGUAAUAAACAGUCAAUCGCUUCUGGCCCUUAUCUUUCUCGGCGUAUCGACACUCCCGAUGGUCUUCGUGACGCUAUUCCCAUCGCCAUCGGCCGCAGUUCCUACUUCAUCAGUGCUCAAAGCGUUUAGCUUGUGCCUCGCCUCGACCGUCAUCUCAACAACUGCCGUUCUCAAUUUCUCACUAGCGGCAUUAUUGGCGAUCCUCCUCGGUGUACCCAUGACUUCUGCUCGACGGAUAGAUAGCGUGCCCAUCGGAGUCGCUGUAUCUCUCAUGUACACCUCCUUAGCCUUUGGCUGGUUAGUGUGGCCUCAAGCGGAGCUCCGUUCUGCCGUCUGGAAUUGGGACAUUUUAGGAGUUUGGACAGCACCCUUCAUCAGUAUCGUAUAUGCUCCUCUAAUGCUUCAAUCCAGUAUAGUGUGUUUAUCAUGA